GAGGGGGCGGGGCGCGGCGCGGGUGUAGGGGCCGUCUCCGACUGGAGUGCGAGUUGCUGCUAGAGGCGCCAGGCUGACUCUGUCUCACGGUGGUGGCCCGGUCUCAGAGAAGCGAGGACGCGGACCGAGCGCUCAGGAGUGGGGAGGAUGCUGGUGGUGGAGGUGGCGAACGGCCGCUCGCUGGUGUGGGGCGCCGAGGCGGUGCAGGCGCUGCGGGAGCGCCUGGGCGUGGGGGGCCGCGCGGUGGGCGCCCUGCCCCGCGGGCCCCGCCAGAACUCGCGCCUGGGCCUCCCGCUGCUGCUUCUGCCCGAAGAGGCGCGGCUCCUGGCCGAGAUCGGCGCCGUGACCCUGGUCAGCGCCCCUCGCCCGGAUCCCAGCCUGCACGGCCAGGCGCUGGCAUCGUUCAGACGCCAGCAAGAGCAGAGCUUCCAGGAGCAAAGCGCGCUGGCGGCCGAGGCCCGUGAGAGCCGGCGUCAGGAGCUCCUGGAGAAGAUCGCAGAGGGCCAGGCUGCCAAGAAGCAGAAGCUGGAGCAGGAUUCCGGAGCCGGCGGGAGCGAGAGCGAGGCCCAGGCCGAGUCCGGAGCUGGCCAGGCCCCCGGGGAGCCGGAGGAAGCAGUGCCCUCCUCUCCUCGAGCAGCGUCAGACGCGGGGGCGCUCUUGCCCAGGUCUGCCCUCCUCGUGCAGCUGGCCACCGCCAGGCCUCGCCCUGUGAAGGCCAGGCCCCUGGACUGGCGCGUGCAGUCCAAAGACUGGCCCCACGCCGGCCGGCCCGCCCACGAGCUGCGCUACAGCAUCUACCGCGACCUGUGGGAGCGCGGCUUCUUCCUCAGCGCAGCCGGCAAGUUCGGUGGCGACUUCCUGGUGUAUCCCGGUGACCCGCUACGUUUCCACGCCCACUACAUCGCCCAGUGCUGGGCUCCCGAGGACCCCAUCCCGCUCCAGGAUCUGAUCUCCGCUGGCCGCCUGGGAACCAGCGUGAGAAAGACGCUGCUGCUGUGCUCCCCGCAGCCCGAUGGUAAGGUGGUGUACACCUCCCUGCAAUGGGCCAGCCUGCAGUGAGGCCAGCCCGGCCCUGCCGGAGCUCCCCGGAUGUCCCAGGCAGAGCAGCUCCAUGGAGGCCGCACCUUCCUACCUCUGUCUAUGGUUAGUUCUGACCCCACGGGCCUGAGCACCGGUCUGCAUAGGCUCCUCCUGUUUGAGGCACUUACUGGUCUCCUGUGCUCAUCCGUGUCCAAACCGUGGGCUUCUUGAGAGUAGGGGCUGAGUUUGAUUUAUCUCUGUUUCCUCCAGGGCUCAGGUCCCAGCAGGUCUCAAUAAACUUGUUGAGUACUUGUCACAUUUGUGAAAA